CACAAUGUCACAGGACAGAGGAAGAAUCUGGGAAAGGAGUAGGAAACAGAUGCACUGGUUUAUUCUCAUUUACCUUCUGCUGGCUUUACAAUGCAUGAGUUUUCUCCCCAACUUUUGGUCUCGAGUGUUAACACUGUCCUGGGACUCACACACACACCAGUCCAUCACAGAGCAGGCCAUUCUCAACAUCACACUGGAGACUCUGAGGAGCACCAAUAAACACGAGAGAUACCACACAGAGGAACAGACCAGACUGGGCCGUGGCUUCUGGAGAGCUGUGGGAGAGGUGGUGGCAUCCAACGCUGCCAUGGACUUCCUGAGUUCCACCAGAUCCAACCCGGUGUACCACUUUGACUCAGAGCGCGUGGACAGCGCCAUAGUGAUGUUACAGCAGUUCUGGGAUCAGACUCUGCUCUCAGUACAGGCCAGAGAGUACCAAAGUGCUCGUCACAGCUUGGGCAAGCUAUUCCAUUCCUUGCAG